AUGGCAGUAUCAGAGGAAGAGUGCUCGAAUGCAAAGGCCAGAUCAUCAUCACCACCAUCUUCAUCAUCUUCUUCUUCAUCCUCUACGCCAUCUAACGGAGUUCACUACUUAGCUAAGUCUGUUCUGAGAGGUACCGCUGUUUUACACGCCGUUUACGGUCACUUCCGUUCUCCUUUAUCUUUCGACAUCGUUUUUGGCAAGGAGACGUCAAUAGAGUUGGCGAUAUUAGGGGAAGAUGGAAUUGUACAGACAAUAUGUGAACAACCUUUAUUCGGCACGAUUAAAGAUAUUGCUGUUGUACCUUGGAAUGACAAGUUCCAUGCGCGGACUCCACCGGUGCAAGGAAAAGACCGUUUGGUUGUUAUUUCUGAUUCUGGAAGACUUACAUUUCUCACUUUUUGCAAUGAAAUGCACAGGUUUUUCCCAUUGACACAAAUUCAACUUUCGAAUCCUGGAAACUCAAGACAUCAGCUUGGAAGAAUGCUAGCUGUAGAUUCCAGUGGUUGUUUUGUGGCUACUAGCGCAUAUGAAGACCGAUUGGCUUUGUUUUCCCUUUCAAUAUCUGGUGGCAGCGAGAUCAUUAAUGAGAGAAUACUUUAUCCUCCUGAAAAUGAAGGGAAUGCAAAUGUUGCCAGAACUAUCCAGAGACCACUCACAUCUGGUACCAUAUGGAGCAUGUGCUUUAUUUCAAGGGAUUCUAGCCAUCCAAGUAAGGAGCAUAAUCCUGUACUAGCCAUUAUUCUAAAUAGGAGGGGAGCGCUCCUAAAUGAACUGCUGUUAUUGAGAUGGGACAUUAGAGACCAUGCUAUAAGUUUUAUUUCACAGUUUGUUGAAUCUGGACCACUAGCGCAUGACAUUAUUGAAGUUCCUCGUUCCAAUGGAUUUGCCCUUAUGUUCAGGGUUGGUGAUGUUCUCUUAAUGGAUCUUAGAGAUGCUGUCCACCCCCGUUGUGUCUGUAGAACAAGCUUGAAUUAUUUUCCCAAUGCAGUGGAGGAGCAGAGUUUUGUUGAAGAUAGUAGAGUUACUGAUUUUGAUGAUGAUGGUUCAUUCAGUGUUGCUGCACGUGCUUUAUUGGAGCUUCAAGAUUAUGAUCCCAUGUGUAUUGAUGGUGAAGGGAGCAAUGUAAAAUCAACUUUGAAACGUGCAUGCUCUUGGAGUUGGGAGCCAGAAAAUGAUAAAAACCCUAGGAUGGUUUUCUGUGCAGACACGGGGGAAUUUUUCAUGAUUGAGAUUUCUUACAACUCGGAAGACCUUAAAGUUAAUCUUUCUGAUUGUCUUUACAAAGGCCAAUCAUGUAAGGCCCUUUUGUGGGUUGAAGAUGGAUUCCUGGCUGCUCUUGUGGAGAUGGGAGACGGAAUUGUCCUGAAAAUGGAAAAUGAAAGCCUGCGAUAUGUAAGUCCUAUUCAAAAUGUUGCACCAAUCUUGGAUAUGUCCAUUGUGGAUUAUCACGAUGAGGAGCGUGAUCAAAUGUUUGCCUGCUGUGGAGUCGCACCUGAGGGGUCAUUAAGGAUUAUUAGAAGCGGUAUCAUUGUUGAAAAGCUUCUGAAGACUGCUCCUAUAUAUCAAGGCAUUACUGGGACUUGGACAAUUCGAAUGAAAGUAGAUGACUUGCAUCAUUCUUUUCUCGUGCUAUCAUUUGUUGAAGAGACCAGGGUACUGUCAGUUGGAUUAAGCUUUACUGAUGUGACAGAUUUGGUUGGUUUUCAGCCUGAUGUCUGUACUCUGGCAUGUGGACUGGUAGGUGAUGGUUUACUGGUCCAAAUUCAUCAGACUGCAGUUAGGCUUUGUUUGCCUACCAAGGCUGCCCAUCCAGAAGGUAUUCCUUUGUCUUCCCCAGUUUGCUCAUCUUGGUUUCCAGCUAAUAUAAGUAUCAAUUUGGGGGCUGUUGGACAUAACUUGAUUGUUGUUUCUACUUCUAAUCCUUGUUUUCUAUAUAUUCUCGGGGUCAGAUUGCUUUCACCAUUUCAUUAUGAAAUAUUUGAAAUGCAACAUUUGAGAUUGCUGAAUGAGCUAUCCUGCAUCUCCAUUCCUCAAAAACGUUUUGAGCGAGGACGAUCUAGUUUUAUGAGUCCUGCGUUUGAUAGUUGUGCAGCUGCCCUUCCAUUUGGGGUUGACACUGGCAAUACCUUUGUUAUCGGGACACAUAAACCUUCAGUGGAAGUUGUGUCUUUUGUGCCUAAUGAUGGCCUAAGAAUUAUUGCUUCCGGAACAAUAUCAUUAACAAGCACUUUGGGAACUGCUGUUAGUGGUUGCAUCCCUCAGGAUGUAAGGCUUGUACUAGCUGAUCGGUUUUAUGUUCUUUCUGGUUUAAGGAAUGGAAUGCUGCUUCGAUUUGAAUGGCCUUCUGCCUCUUCAAUGUUUUCAGUAGAAAUACCUAGCCAUGGAUGUGCUAUUGGUUCCUGUAUGCUAACUUCUGAUACAACUAUAUCAAAUACAGUUGAAAUUUCCUUUGAGCCCCAAACGCUUGCUGUUGAUUCAACUGACAAGACAAUGGAUGACCUUCCGAUUAAUCUGCAAUUGAUUGCCACCCGUCGGAUUGGCAUUACUCCUGUUUUCCUAGUUCCAUUGAGUGAUUCACUCAACUCAGAUAUGAUUGCUCUCAGUGAUAGGCCUUGGUUAUUGCACACUGCAAGGCACAGCCUCUCUUAUACUUCAAUAUCGUUUCAGCUUUCAACACAUGCAACACCUGUAUGCUCUGCUGAAUGCCCGAAUGGGAUUUUAUUUGUUGCAGACAACUGUCUUCAUUUGGUGGAAAUGGUGCAUAGCAAGAGGCUUAAUGUGCAAAAGUUUCAUCUUGGAGGUACUCCACGGAAGGUCCUGUACCAUAGUGAGAGCAAGUUGUUACUUGUGAUGAGGACUGAACUAAGCAAUGACAAUGAUACAUGUUCAUCUGAUAUAUGUUGUGUUGACCCCUUGAGUGGUUCAACAGUAUCAUCAUUUAAACUUGAACAUGGAGAAACAGGAAAAUCCAUGGAGUUGGUAAAGAUUGGAAAUGAACAGGUUCUGGUAAUUGGAACUAGUCUAUCUUCUGGUCCAGCUAUCAUGCCCAGUGGUGAAGCCGAAAGUACCAAAGGCCGACUAAUAGUCCUCUGCCUAGAAAAUUUGCAAAAUUCAGAUAGUGGCUCAAUGACAUUCUGCUCAAAGGCAGGGUCAUCUUCUCAACGAACAUCGCCAUUUCGUGAAAUUGUUGGUUUUGCUGCUGAGCAGCUGUCAAGCAGUAGUCUUUGCAGUAGCCCAGAUGAUACGAGCUGCGAUGGAGUCAAACUUGAAGAAACUGAAAUGUGGCAGUUCCGAUUUGUUUCUGCAACCACAUUGCCUGGAAUGGUGCUUGCGAUCUGUCCAUAUCUUGACCGUUUUUUCUUGGCAUCUGCUGGUAAUUCUUUUUAUGUCUGUGGUUUUGCAAAUGAUAAUAAAAGAGUGAAAAAGUUUGCUGUUGGAAGGACACGUUUUAUGAUAAUGUCCUUGACUUCAUAUUACACCAGAAUUGCUGUUGGUGAUUGCCGUGAUGGUAUCCUUUUCUAUGCUUAUCAUGUGGAGUCCAAAAAACUGGAGCAACUUUAUUGUGACCCGUCUCAGAGAUUAAUUGCUGGUUGUGUCCUUAUGGAUGUUGAUACCGCAGUGGUUUCAGAUCGGAAGGGAAGCAUUGCUGUUUUGUCAUGCUCUGAUCGAUUUGAACGUGUUGGAAGUCCAGAAUGCAACUUGACAUUGAAUUGUGCAUAUUAUAUGGGUGAGAUAGCAAUGAGCAUCAGGAAGGGAUCAUUUAUGUAUAAACUCCCUGCUGAUGAUGUAUUAAUGGGGUGUGAUGGUGUUGUUACAAAUAUGGAUGCAUCUAACAAUACCAUCAUGGCCAGCACACUCUUAGGAAGCAUAAUAGUUUUUAUUCCUCUAUCAAGGGAAGAAUAUGAACUCCUGGAAGCUGUCCAAUCUAGACUUGUGGUUCAUCCCUCAACUGCUCCUGUUUUAGGAAAUGAUCAUCAUGAGUUCCGAAGCCGUGAAAACCCUGUUGGAGCGCCUAAGAUACUUGACGGUGACAUGCUGGCUCAGUUCCUGGAGCUAACUAGUUCACAGCAAGAGGCGGUCUUAUCAUUACCGCUUGGACCACUAGAUACGGUUAAAACAAAUUUAAAACCAUAUUCUACGUUGCCCGUAUCUGUUAGUCAGGUUGUGCAACUCCUUGAGCGGGUUCAUUAUGCCCUCAAUUAA